AUGAGCCAAUCAGACUUCAAACAAGCCCCUCACAAGCUUCUGCUCAUCCCAGGACCAGUUGAGGUGGCCGACGAUGUCCUUCUCGCCAACGCGCAUCCCUCCAUGUCACACGUCUCUCCAGACUUUGUGCCUGUCUUGGGCGACUGUAUCCGAAUGUUCCGAGAUGUCAUUCUGGCUCCGGAGUCUCAGCCCAUCAUCACUGCCGGUUCCGGAACUCUUGGAUGGGACCACGUAGCGUCCAAUGUCAUCGAGCCGGGAGAGGAGGCUCUCGUCCUCAACUCUGGCUACUUCGGUGAUUCCUUUGCUGAGUGUCUCGAGGUGUACGGCUCCAAAGUCACUCAGAUCAAGGCACCGAUCGGAUCGAAGCCCAGCCUGGAGGAAGUUGAGGCCGAGCUCAAGAAGAAGAAGUACAAGGUGCUCACAUUCACGCAUGUCGAUACCUCAACCGGCGUACUGACUGAUGCCAAGGCCCUUGGUGAUCUCGUCAAGAGAGUCUCACCCGAGACGAUCCUGGUCCUGGAUGGCGUCUGCUCCGUCGCUUCGGAAGAAAUCCGCAUGGACGCAUGGGGCAUCGACGUUGUUCUGACGGCCUCGCAGAAGGGUAUCGGAUGCCCACCAGGACUGAUGCUCCUCGCUGCCAGCAAAAAGGCAAUCAAGGCCUACGAGAAUCGUAAGACGAAGCCCAACAGCUACUUCUCCAGUUGGAGCAAGUGGCUGCCAGUCAUGAAGGCAUACGAGUCUGGUACUGGUGCUUACUUCGCGACUCCACCUACGAAUUUGAUCUACGCCCUGCACGCCUCCUUGACCACAAUCACAAAGGGCAAGACGUCCAUCGAGGAUCGCUGGGCCCAGCACAUCGCCGUGUCUGAUCAGGUCAAAAACUUCGUCAAGGACCUCGGCCUGAAGCAGCUCGUCGCUGACCCGAGCAAGGACGGCGCUCACGGCAUGACUGCUGUUCGGUACCCAGAAGGUUUGAAGGCGCCUGAUGUGCUGCCCAAGAUGGUAGCACGAAAGAUUGUCGUAGCUGCUGGUCUGCACAAGGAGUGCAAGGACGAGUACUUCCGAAUUGGCACCAUGUCCGAGUCCGUUGUGAACAAGGAGAGGGGCGACAUUGACUACUUGCUCAAGAAUCUGAAGGAAGCGUUGGAGGAGGCAGGCUACCGCAAGUGA